AUGACAGUUGUUUACUUAGGGGGAAGCAACGAGAAAGGGUAUCUUGAGCGCCUGGAUGCUGGCGAGGUGGUUGUAGGAGACGGAGGUUAUGUGAUGCAGCUGGAGCGCCGUGGAUAUGUGAAGGCUGGACACUGGACACCUGAAGCUUGCUGUAGACAUCCUGAAGCAGUGCGGCAGCUCCACAGGGAGUUCCUGAGAGCAGGAGCCAACGUGAUCCAGACCUUUACCUUCUACUGCAGCGAGGAUAAACUGGAGAUCAGUGGCAAUGUCAAGGGCAUCACGGGGGCCCAGAUCAACGAGGCAGCCUGUGACAUGGCCCGGGAGGUAGCCAAUGAGGGGGCUGCGUUGGUCGCUGGGGGUGUUUUCCCAAACCCCUGCUAUGUGAAGAGUCACAGUGAGCCUGAGGUCAAGGCCAUCUUUAAGAAGCAGAUGGAUAAUUUCAUGAAGAAGGACAUUGAUUUCUUUAUUGCAGAGUUUUUUGAACAUGUAGAAGAGGCGGUGUGGGCAGUGGAGGUGCUGAAAACCAGCAGCAAAACCAUAGGUGCAACACUGUGCAUCUCGCCUCACGGAGACAUGGACGGAGUCCCACCUGGAGAGUGUGCUGUCAGGCUGGUCAAAGCAGGAGCGGACAUUGUCGGGAUAAAUUGCCACUUGGAUCCUCUGACGUGCGUCCGUACGGUGAAGUUGAUGAAAGCAGGAUUAGAGAAAGCUGGACUCAAAGCUCAUCUCAUGAUCCAGCCGCUGGGCUUCCACACACCUGAGUGCAACCUGGGGGGAUACGUCUCGCUGCCUGAGUUCCCCUUUGCACUGGAGACCAGAGCAAUGACCCGCUGGGAUAUGCAGAAAUACGCUAGAGAGGCUUACAAUGCUGGAAUUCGUUAUAUUGGUGGCUGCUGUGGAUUCGAGGCCUACCACAUCAGAGCUAUAGCGGAAGAGUUGGCCGCAGAGAGAGGAUUCCUGCCUCCAGCCUCGGAGAAGCACGGACUGUGGGGAGCUGCUCUGGAGAUGCACAGUAAGCCCUGGGUCAGAGCCAGGGCUCGUCGGGAGUACUGGGAAAACCUUUUGCCUGCUUCUGGACGUCCAAAAUGCCCCUCCAUGGCCACACCAGCUGAUGAAUAAGAGGGAAGAUCACCAAUAGCUCAAACUUAACAACACAAUCGCCUGUCUUUAUUGUGCUAAAUCAUGAAUGGUAGAAUUUGUCUCUGCUGUCUUCUGAUCAGAUGUUUAAAAAUCUGUCUGCUGUUUGCUAUGACGGAAAA